AUGACAACGGAUUUUACUGAAGCAACAGCUGAAGCAUUACAGCAAUUAAAAAAUACUGAAGAUAAAAUCACCACUUUAUUAUGGCUAUCUGCCAGUAUUGUCGAUAAUCUUAGUCAAGAACAUAUUAUCAAAGAAGAUUUAGAACAUAUAGUAAAACAAUUUUGUGAAGAUACCCAAAAGGUUCAAAAUUCAUUAUUAAGUAGUUUAUUAUCGCUCGAACGUAUCUCAUCUGGUUUACCACAUGAAGAUUCUUGUUAUGGAAGUUGGCUAGAUUUUUGUUUAGCAUCAAUGAGAACGGAUACAAUCAGAAAUAAAUUGUUACAAUUGAAAAAUAAUCCUGAUUUACAAAAGUCAAAAGAAAGAGUCAAAGAAUUAGAAAGACAAUUGGCAAAUUUAUGA